AUAGGAAAAUAAUUUUUCUGAAUUUUUCGGUGCAGAAAAUCUAUGAAAAAUCCUGCGGUAGUCAUCUGACAUCUGAUGGGUUAUGCUAGGAAUGAUGUUUGAUAACAAUGGAUGUCUGCUAGUGAUGAAUAUUUACAAGUGAAUAGUGAAUAUCGAGAAGAUAAUCAUGGGAGUCAGACGCCUUCAAACAUUCCUUGAGCGGCAUUGUCCAGAGGCUUGUUAUGAAGUCAGCAUUUAUGACAUUGCUGAAGAAUAUAGACAACAAUUUAAUUGUGAACCUGUCAUAGUUGUUGAUGGAUCAUGUUGUUUUCGUAGUAUCUACGAAGGACUUGAUUGGGUGUGUGGUGGACAAUACAAAGAAUAUGUUCAAAAAGUCACUCAUUUCUUUGAAUGUUUUGAAGCCAUAAAUGUUAAGUUAGUUGUAUAUUUUGAUGGAGCCACUCAAGAAAGCAAAAGACCAGUUUGGGUCAGCAGACGUCUUCAGAGUAUGGAAAAGGCUCAUGCUGUAUUUGACGCUCUUAGUAAAGGUCAAGCUGUUCAAAGAAUUGAUCCAGAACUGUAUGUCUUGCCUGCUGGAGCAGGAAACACUAUGUCAACGUUAUCAAAAGAUAGAUGCAUGGUGCGUCGUUCAUUGAAAGAGUGUGAUGAAGAAAUAGCAAGUUAUGCUGAAAAGAACAAAUGCUUUGCUAUUUUAGCCCAAGACUCUGAUUUUGUUAUAUAUCAAAGUGGAGCAAAGUACUAUCUAUCUGCAGAAAAUCUAGAUUUGACCAGAAUGACAACAUUAGUGUAUGAUCAAAAAGCUCUAGCUAGACAUCUCCAACUCAAUGUAUCUGACUUACCAAUAUUUGCAUCAUUGAUGGGCAAUGACUUCAUAUCUGCAGAUGACCUAAGACCUUUUCACAGUCUGUUAACUGGCAGGCAACGGCAUCAGGCAUAUGCAGCAGUCCUUGUGAGAAAAGUCGCGGAGUAUAUUUGGAGUCUUCCGAAAGGAAAUGAUCUUUUUCUCUACCUGGGUCAGUUAUCUUAUGAAGUUUUUAGGACUCGUCACCGUGCUGAGGAUUUACAGAAAAGUAUUUUGAGUUAUGGAAGAAUUAUAAAUGAACCUGUCAGACCUGUUGACUCAAGAUGCAAGAAUUGGGACCAAAUAAUGUGCCUUGCUCAUGUUAACUAUGUAACCAUGGUCCAUCCAUCAUAUGUAUACAAUAUUCUUCGAAAGUUGCCAUUUGAAAUGAGUACAGCUUUAGAGGAUUGCAGGACAUCUAUUCCACCCUCAGCUGCUGCCCUAAGACAGAUGCGUCAGCGUAUUUAUGGCGUUGCUCUUCGAGAGUACCCACAAGACUCUGAGGAAGAUUUGGCUGUCGAUGAAUGGUGUAUGUGUGGGCCUCAGAGCUUAAAUGGUCCACUGAAGGUUACAGCAAUUUUGCCACCAGAAAAUAGUCCCAAGCUCCUUGAUCUAUGGGUGAAUGACUCUGAUGAAAUGAAGAGAGAAAAGUUCAAACUUCUCAGCUGGAUUGGUUCAGCACAUUUAUCAGAUACUAAGUUAGGUGAAUUUCCACACCAGCUUAUAUCUGCCACUUGCAUUUUAUCCUACCUUUACCAUGAUGCUGGUAUUCUUCAUGACUGGGAAGUUAAAGUCUUUGCAUCGACAGUUGUAGAUGUACAGGCUAUGAACUCAAAAGAUCUAUCUCUAAUAUAUUUAAAGAAAGUUGAUGUUCGAGGUGUACAGCUUGCUACAUUGUUCACAAGAGCAAUUACUCACUUGGUGCUGGCUAAUUCCAUCUGUGGUACCCCAGUAAGCUCUGAAUGGACAAGACACCCUCAACUCUUUGAUGGCAAAUUGUUUCAAAAAUUAUACUUGGAGAAAAGAAUUAAACCUAAGCAAGGUAAUUUUCAACAUUUUCAACAAAUAUGUGAGGCUAUUCUGACAGGGUAACAGACAGACUUCAGCAAGAUGGUCUUUAACAAAACAUACCGUUUAUAUUUUAUCAAUUAUAGAACAAUCUACAAUAAAAAUGAUUAAGCUUUAAAACUUCACUAUUCAUAUGCUUAUACUUGAAUAUUGUUACUAUACUUAUCAUUACUAAGAGGUGUCUAAGCAUAUCUAGGGAAAGGCAUGUCAGUGAGAUCUGGCUAUCUCUGAAAAAAAUUCUAAAAUGUCACUUAUUGUAAACUCUAAAGCAAUCAUCGACCCUGGAUAACAUCGCUGAAUUAAAUCCUCCACUGAUUUGUA